CUCGAUCUUGAUAGAAGCAGAGUGAUCAAGAUUCAAGAGCGAAACAAGAACAGAGAACACCAGUUUGAGCAUGGCAACCGUCCUGCUGCACCUGUCACCAAAACCACCGCCGCCGUUCCUCUUCUAUCCCUCAACAACAACUCGAUGCUUGCAUUACAACGCCUACCGGUACAGACGUGUAAUUCCUAAAAUACCCUUGGCAUCAUCAAAAAAUGGUAGCAACAGUCCUCCAGAAACAGAGUGCCCUGUUCCAGUCGACCAGCAGCCGUUAAACGAGUACCAAAAUCUCUCCUCCUCCUUCCUCUUCUCCUGGGCCUCAGGCGACAUGGUUGAAUACUGCUCUCGAUUGUUCGUUACUGGGGUUUCUUUCGCGCUCUUUAUAGGGCUACCCGUGGCUUGGUUCGGCGCGGUGGGGCCUGAUGCCGAAUCGGAGCCGUUGAAGCGAUUAUUGGGAGCCGCGUCCAGUGGGAUCUUUGUGGUGACUCUUGCGGUUGUGAGGAUGUAUUUGGGUUGGGCUUAUGUGGGGAAUCGGUUGCUUAGUGCCACCGUUGAAUACGAAGAGACGGGAUGGUACGAUGGUCAGAUAUGGGUGAAGACUGCUGAAGUUUUGGCACGAGACCGGCUUCUCGGUUCAUAUACGGUGAAGCCUGUGCUAAGCAGAUUAAAGUACACCCUAGUAAGUCUUGGUGUGCUAUUGUUUGCUUGUGUUCUUCUCCUCGUCAACCUAGACGGGAGCCCAAAGAAUUCAUAUGCAGCUUCUGAAGUUGGAGGCAGAGCAGUGGCAGGAGUUUACAAUGAUAACUCCGCAAGAUCAUUUGAGCCAGAAGCAUUCUGUGGUGAACCAGAAAUUCUCUCCUAUAAUCCAUAUUGCUCCGGCAGAAACUAUCUUCUGCUUUUGGGACCUUCUGGAAUGCCGAUUCGCUGCUCUUGGAUUGCUAAAACGAGGUUCUUUUAAUUAUCCUGAUUGAUUGAUAUUUAGGAAAAUCUAAUAAACUACAACUUUCUGGUAUUCUAAGGCUGGUAAGGCCAAGAAUAUUUAUUUUGCAACUGUCGUAACUGUUAAGUGAUUUCCUCAACAUUAUAUGAAGCAUAAGAAACUAUUUUUCUGGA